AUGAAGUUGUAUCUCCAGCUCAUCACUGCAAGUCUGUCACUCGCAACACUCCAAUGUGCACUCGUCCCUUCAACCUACAAGGGUUCAAAGGGUCUGCAUGAACUGGCCAAGGAGCACGGCAAAUACACGGGUACAGCCACGGACAAUGGUGAACUGACCGAUAAGUUUUACGUCGAAGCCCUUCAGGACGCGAGUGAGUUCGGCAUGAUCACCCCUGGGAAUGCCAUGAAAUGGGAUGCCACCGAGCCAACCCAGAACACCUUCACCUAUACCAAGGCUGACGAGAUCGUUGCGCUCGCUAAGAAGUCGGGGGCUCAAAUCCGGUGCCACACGCUCUUGUGGCACUCGCAAGUCCCAUCUUGGGUCCAAAGUCUCAGCAAAACCGAGAUGCUGAGUGCACUGGAAAACCACAUUACCAAAGUCAUGACGCACUUUGGAGAUACGUGCUAUGCGUGGGAUGUGGCCAACGAGGUCAUGGGGGAUGACGCAGUCUACCGCAAGUCGUUCUGGUACAACGCUACGGGCACGGACUACAUUGUCACGGCCUUUAAAACAGCGAAUGCCGUCAAGAAGUCCUUGAAGUUGAAGACCAAGUUGUACUACAACGACUAUAACACCAACACGAUCAAUGCCAAGUCCACGGCUGUCCUGGACAUGAUCCAGAAACUGCUGCUUGAUGCGGAUAUCGGGAUUGACGGCAUGGGGUUCCAGUCGCACUCGAGUUUCUCCGACACGUCUUCGACCGAAGACCUCGUGGCCAAUUUAGAGCGCUUCUCGGCACUUGGACUGGACGUUGCGUACACGGAACUUGACGUCAAGACGAGCUCCCCGACGCCAUCGCCAGAGGAGGAAGAAAAGCAAGUGGUCGUGUACACCAACACGAUUGCAGCAUGUCGGAAGGUGAAGAAAUGCGUGGGCGUGACGAUCUGGGGCUUUGCGGACCAGUAUACCUGGCUCAAGGACUCGGCGCCACUUCCAUGGUAUCAGCCAGCUGGAAAAGGCACGAAGCUUGUGCGCAAGCGUGCGUACGAUGGAAUUGCUGCCGGGUGGGGGCCUUCUGCCAGUAGUAACUCGUCCACGUCGAGUGGUGCUGCUGGUGAAGGUAAGACUGAAAGCCCGAGCAAGGAAGACGAGGGUAGUCCUGAUGAUGAGACGUUGACGGCUGAGAAGAGUGAUGCCAAAGCACCGGGUGGCGGUGAAGAUGCCGAAGAUUUGACGGUGAAUACUUCUUUGGAGACCACGAGCAGCUCGUUAAGCGACGAUGACGGUGGGGGUAAUGAAGUUGCAAGUGAGGCAAUUCACAACGUCGACGAUGCUGUCAAAACUGGUACCUCGAGUCAAAGCGACUCGGUCACUGAAGAUCUAUCGUCGUUGGUUCCGACAACCACAGCAGAAAACGAGAGCAGCACUCAAUCUGCGUCAACCAAAGAAGGCGCUGCCUGCAUUCGUCACCUUCGCAAGUAA